CGCAAACGCACACACACCUGCCUACCUCGUCACCUACAGCCCCUCACAUAUUGAUCGGGGAAGAUAUCCUUGAAACAAAGAGGAGGACCUUUGAUCAGGUGCAUUCUUAUUGGCUCCAGUCGCCAAUCCCCGCAACCUCCCUCCAGCACAUCAAUCGACCCCAGCGUUGCUUAAGGCCCGCGACAACUUUCCCUCUUCAAGAUGGCGUCCGACAAGAAGGAGAAGAAUGAGAAGAAGGAGAAGAAGGAGAAGAAGCACAGCAGCGAUGGAGUGACCAAGGUCAAGAAGGACAAGAAGGAGAAGAAGGCCGAGAAGGACAAGCUGAAGCAGAAGGUUGCCGACACCCUCGACAGGCAGCUGCAGGCAGAUGCUGCUGCCGCCGCCGCAUCAGAUGACCAUGACGACCACCCGGGCUCCGACCUCGAGGAUAUCAAGAACCCUGAGGUCGAGACCAAAAUGGUAUACUUUGCCGUGCCAUUAGCUGAUGUCAAGGGCCACAAGAAGAUCUACAAGACUAUCAAGAAGGCGCGGAAAGCAGGCGCCCUUCAGCGCGGUGUCAAGGAGGUCAACAAGGCUCUUAGGAAGACCCCCCUCAAGACCCCCUCCAGCGCAGACCAGAUCCCCGGCAUCGCCAUCAUCGCAGGGGACAUCUCCCCCGACGAGGUCAUCAUGCACCUGCCCAUCUACUGCGAGGAGCACAAUGUCCCCUACCUCUUCGUCAAGUCUAGGCUCGAGCUGGGCAGCGCCGCCAAGACGAAGCGGCCCACCUCCGUCGUCUUCAUCCAGGAGAAGGGCAAGGAGAGCAAGGCUGCCAAGAAGGCUGAGGCUGAGGACGAGGACGAGGACGACGGUGCUAGCUACGCCGACGCCUACAAGGAGCUGUUGAAGCUUGCCCAGAAGGAGUACACCAAGCAGAUGAAGGAUGUUCUUCGGGGUUGAGACACCCAGGCAGAGUGGUCAUAGACAAACCCCAACAGUGAUCCACACACAUACACACAAACACAAACACACAAACACAAACACACACACACACACACACACACAAAAGACAGUUAAAAAUGGGGGAACCGGGGAAAACGGGAUCUUACCCUAGGGGGCGUUGGUGGGCGUAUGGAUGAAUUUUUGCAUGAAUCGUCGCGGGCUGGAUGGACUUCUUGUUAUAAAACCGUCUGUUGAUUCAACUGGAGGACGUUGACAACAAAUAGGGGUUGAAAAAUUCCAAAAGAAAGUACGUGCAUUUUACUGAAAAGCCAGUGCAUCUUUCUCUCU